GAGUUCCCCAUCAGCGCCGACGCACUCAGGCGCGCCUUCUUGGGUCAUCUGAACUUGCCCGAUUGUGAUUUCGACUACGUGCCUGGGAUCACUGGGAACGCUCUCCCGGGCCUCCGCAAGUUGGCGAGGGAGUCCAUGUUCAUUCCUGAUCGCAAACGAGAUGCUGAGAUGCUGCUCAGCGGGAAAAUGGACGGCUUCGGCCAGUUGUUCAAGUACGCGAAGGAGCUGCGCGACCAGCUUACGACGUUGCAGAAGAGGCAGCCCAUGGCCCCCCCUCCAGCCCCCGCCACCCAGGCGCCAUCGCAGGACCUCGUGCUCGAGGAG